CAAAACAUCCAUACUUCACAAAGUCAAACAUCCCGUUUUCUUCUCCCAGUCAUCUACAUCUCUUCUUGCCCGUAUCCCAAAAUGACCACAACACCCCCAACCUUCCUCCCCUUCAAAGACAAAGUCAUCGCCCUAACCGGCGGCGCCUCCGGCAUCGGCCUUUCCGCCACCCGCCUCCUCCUCUCCCGCGGCGCCACCGUCUCCAUCGCCGACAACAACCCCACCGCCCUCGCCGCCGCCAAAGAGUCCCUCCUCUCCCUUUGCAGCUCCCCCUCUCAACUCUUAACCACCCAACUCGACGUCCGUUCCACCCCCGCGGUGAACGCCUGGAUCGCCGACACCGUCGCGAAGCUGGGCCCGCUCGACGGCGCCGCUAACAUCGCAGGCUUUCAUCCACUUUGGGGCGGCGAUGGCACCGUCACGGUGGCGGAGAUGAAGGACGAGGACUGGGACAUGAUUAUGGAGAUUAAUUCUACCGGCGUGAUGAGGUGUUUGCGGGCGCAGCUGGGGAAGGCGGGGGGAAUGAGGGAAGGGGGGAGUAUCGUGAACGUGGGAAGUGUGGCGGGGUUGAUUGGGUUUGCGGGGAAUUCGGCGUAUGUGGCGAGUAAACACGCUGUCCACGGCAUCACGAAAAGUGCCGCGAAAGAGGUGGGACCCAGGGGGAUUAGAGUGAAUGCUAUAGCACCCGGCACCAUUAAUACCCCGAUGGUCCGAGCGCUCGUGACCAACGACAAAGGGGAGCUGCCGCAGGUUGCAGGCCAAACCACUCCGCUAGCGCGCGAAGGACAGCCAGAGGAAGCCGCGGAACUGAUCGCGUGGCUGCUAAGCCCACAGUCGAGUUUUGUGACUGGAACAAUUGUGAGGGUGGAUGGAGGUAUGUUGAGCUAGGUACAUUAAUGUAAAAGAGCCCAGCAAAGGCCGAUCGAUUAGGUGAAGUGAAGUAAGAGUUUAG